UCCGCAAAUAAAGAAUAAUAAUUAAUUAUUAAUGCAAAACUAACCAACCAUGGUAAUCGCGAUCGGAUUUGAAGGAAGCGCCAACAAAAUCGGUGUUGGAAUAGUGCGCGACGGUGAGGUGCUCGCUAACGAACGAGAAACCUACAUCACCCCACCGGGAGAAGGAUUCCUUCCGAAGGAAACAGCGCAACAUCACCGAUCGAAAAUUCACGACAUUCUGAAGCGUGCCCUUGCCGUUUCUGGCGUAAAGCCUAAGGAGAUUGAUGUCGUCUGCUAUACCAAGGGACCGGGAAUGGCACCUCCACUACUGGCGGUGGCAAUCGUCGCUCGAACCAUUGCUCAGAUUUGGAACAAACCGAUCAUGGGAGUGAACCACUGCAUCGGUCACAUUGAAAUGGGUCGGUUGAUUACCAAAGCGGAAAACCCAACCGUCCUGUACGUAAGCGGUGGAAACACCCAGGUCAUAUCGUACGCUUGCAAACGGUACAGGAUUUUCGGGGAAACGAUCGAUAUCGCCAUCGGGAAUUGCUUGGACCGGUUUGCUCGAAUCAUAAAACUGUCCAACGAUCCCAGUCCCGGCUAUAACAUCGAGCAGAUGGCCAAAAAGGGCACCAAAUAUGUUCCGCUUCCAUAUUCGGUUAAGGGCAUGGAUGUUAGUUUUUCAGGAAUUUUGUCCUUUAUCGAACAAAAGGCUAGACCGAAGGGAAAACAGAAAAAGCAGAAGCGAGUCAGUGGAGUGGAAGAAGAAAAGUGGUCCGAUGAGGAUUUAUGCUUCUCACUGCAGGAGACUCUUUUUGCUAUGCUGAUCGAAACAACUGAACGAGCGAUGGCUCAUUGCGGUUCCAGUGAGGUACUGAUCGUGGGAGGAGUAGGCUGCAACGAGCGUCUUCAGGAAAUGAUGGGUAUAAUGUGUGAGGAGCGGGGAGCAAAGCUGUUUGCCACGGAUGAAAGAUUUUGCAUCGACAACGGAGUAAUGAUUGCUCAUGCUGGAUGGGAGAUGUUCCGCAGUGGGACCCGAAUGAGCUGGGAAGAAGCCACCAUCACACAGAGGUACAGAACCGAUGAGGUUGAAGUUACCUGGAGAGAUGAUUAACGCGGUU